AUGUCUGUGGCUUUUUCAGUAAAGACAAGUGAUUCUAUCAGAACUAAAUCCCGAAGGGAGAGAAGGAAGAACUAUGAAGAUAAGUCUCUUCAUUCCUCUGAACAACGCAUAAGAGAUGGUGAUAAAGAAGUAAACGCUAAAACCAAUGAAGAUUUGGUGUCUCAAAUACAGAGCAUUCCCAUCAAAGACGAAAGAGACUCUCGCAGUCUUGUUGUGGAAGAUGUUCCAAAGUUUCUUCCGUUGACAUGCCUCGACUUUUUACGACGGGGCUUCUUCUCGACGCGCCUCCUGCUGGGGGAAGGCAGGUUUGGGAAGGUGUUUCUGGGAAAAGAAAACACAUCCGGUUCACUUGUGGCGAUAAAGGUAUUCAAGAAGGCAACAGAGUUCGAAUGCGCCGUAAGGGAGACACGCAUACUGGCAGCUCUCAGUGAAACUGGAAUAGUGCCGAAAUUCUUUGGGCUCGUGGACUUAAGCAAUGUAAGGUUUGGAUGGAUGAGAGGACACCUGAAUGUAGGUGCGGUGGUUCAGUUUGUAGGGGACACAAUGAAGCAGAGAACCAUCACUCUCUAUUCCGCUAUCACAGCUUCACGAAGACAACCUGUGAACGUGCGCAACAUGCUCCACUGGGCCAGAUUAAUGCAAAAACUAGCAGUUAAAUUAGCUAAACUGCACAAACUGGGACUGUGCUUCAAUGAUUUGCAUCUUAAGAACAUAGUUCUCACCGGUGCAAUUCAGCAAGAUCCAGAUGUGUAUCUUGUGGACGUUGGAAAAGUGAGCUUUUCUAACUCCCAACAUGCUUACAGGCAUUAUGUAAUUCCCCGUCUGAGGCAACUGUACAAGCGUCGAUUUCCGCAACACGGUCCAGAAAUAUGGGAGGGACAGAAGUUUUCUACCAAGUCAGACGUUUACAGUUUCGGGUUCAUCCUGAAAUGUGCUAAGCUGGGAAAGCUUCUCGGUGUCACCAACCUGAUGGAAGGUUGUCUGGCAGCGGUCCCUCGCGAGCGUCCAACGAUGGGCGAAGUUGUGGAAAAGUUGAAUCAGCGUGUGCGUGCUCUAGAGAUGAUGGAAAGGAUAGAAAGAUUUGAAAGUCAAUUUUAA